CUCUUUCAUUGUAUUCGUUAAUUUAUUUAUUUUUGUUAAACUCUGUUUUACAGUUCAGUCUAAUAAGAGAAAUGCAGCCUAAACUCUCCUCGGGUAGCUAAGGAAGGAUUUUAAACACGGGUCAGGCCCCACGUGGGUCAACUCUUAUGACUCCCCUUUACUGCAGUUUACCUCGUAACGUUGUAUAUCAGCAUCGAAACAGAAAUGGCAGGACCUUCGUCACGACAGGAGUUGGGUCGAACUGGUUGUGAACCGCUGGGAUCCAGUGUGUUGUUGUUGGUUUAUUUACUUAAAUUGACUUAAAUGGUGUUUUAGCUGUUGGCUUAAUUUCAAAGUGUGAAUCGUUCAUGGUUUACCUCCACAGAUGAUGCGUUUUGUUAAUCUGGAUUUUUAUUGCGGACAGACCUGUAAGAGAAGCAGCUGAAGUUUUCUUCAUGUAAAAGCCGAAAAAAGUACCCAUGCCGUCGAGCCAAACCAUGAUCAUCAAUAACUGUUGUGAAUUUGGGGGCUGCAGAUAUAGAAGGGAGUGCAUAUUCUGCCCAGGAACUCUGUCCCUGUUGGUCCUGGUCCUUUUAUUUCUGUGACCAUAUACAGGCUAUUUAAGCAUCACUGUAUGUUUUUAGUCACAUAAUUCUGGUGUGAAAGGUGGUUACUGCUCCUGCAAUAAUAAUUUUGCUUUUUGGAGUUUUGUCCUUUGGGUGAGCAGCCUUUGUUUGAGGGUGAUUGUACCAAAAAGUUGUGUUUGGAGAGUUUUCUCUGUUUUGUGUUUCUCACAUUCUUCAAACACAGACUGCUGAUAAUUCUGCACCCGAGGACUGUACGACGAAGCGUGAUUAACAUAUCCCGGAUAUCUCUCUGUUACCUGGGUUGAGUUACAGACAUUCAGGAUCUGGAUAUGCGUUACAGGUAUGUGACACAGAUUAUUACUGCCUCCCGUUACCAUGGAAACUACAGAAGUUUCAUUGUCCUCCAAGAAGAAGAAGAGAAAGUCAGAGUGUGUGGAAGAACCUUCUGUUUCUUUCGAAAUCAACACUCGAGAGGAGAAGAAGAUAAAGAUAGAGGAAGAGGAGGAGGUCAGUCCUCUUUUUCCUCUUGCGAAUGAACAGAUAAUCCUGAAGAAGAAGAAAAAAAAGAAACAACAGAAUGGAGAGGAGGAGCAUGUUGCAAUAGAGACCAGUGAGACUAAAAUGCAGCAAAUUAAGAACAGCAUGAGUGAGACGAGUGUUUCCAUAGCAGCAGUCAGCAGGAUAGAGGAAACAUCAGUGGUUGCCAUAGAUACCAACUACGCCAAGAAGAAGAAGAAGGCUGCUGCCAUCGAGACCAGUGAAAAUAACCAUGGGAACAGGCUCAGUGAUGGGAGUGUUGUCAUAGCAAUAGUCAGUGACCCAGAGGGAGCUUCAGGUGUUACCAGAGCAUCUAAUCACACAAAAAAGAAGAAGAAAAAAAAGAAGCACCAGCUUGAAGUGGGGUGUGUUGCCAUAGAAACCAGUGAGAUAAACACUGAGAACAGGGUGAAUGAUGAGAGUGUUGCCAUAAUAGUCAGCAACUCAGAGGAACAUUCAGGGGUUACCAUGGAAACCAGCCACCUGAAGAAGAAGAAAAAAAAGAAGCGCCAGGUUGGAGAGGGGUAUGUUGCCAUAGAAACCAGUGAGAUAAACACUGAGAACAGGGUUAAUGAUGAGAGAGUUGCCAUAAUAGUCAGCAACUCAGAGGAACGUUCAGGGGUUACCAUGGAAACCAGCCACCCCAAGAAGAAGAAAAGAAAGAAGCACCAGGUUGGAGAGGGGUAUGUUGCCACGGAAACCAGUGAUAUAAACAUUGAGAACAGGGUGAAUGAUGAGAGUGUUGCCAUAAUAGUCAGCGACUCAGAGGAAGGUUUAGGGGUCACCAUGGAAACCAGCCACCUGAAGAAGAAGAAGAAAAAAAAGAAGCACCAGGUUGGAGAGGGGUAUGUUGCCAUAGAAACCAGUGAUAUAAACAUUGAGAACAUGGUGAAUGAUGAGAGUGGUGCCAUAAAAUCCAGCAACUCAGAGGAACAUUCAGGGGUUACCAUGGAAACCAGCCACCUGAAGAAGAAGAAAAAAAAAAAGCUCCAGGUUGGAGAGGGGUAUGUUGCCAUAGAAACCAGUGAGAUAAACACUGAGAACAGGGUUAAUGAUGAGAGUGUUGCCAUAAUAGUCAGCAACUCAGAGGAACGUUCAGAGGUUACCAUGGAAACCAGCCACCCGAAGAAGAAGAAAAGAAAGAAGCACCAGGUUGGAGAGGGGUAUGUUGCCACGGAAACCAGUGAUAUAAACAUUGAGAACAGGGUGAAUGAUGAGAGUGUUGCCAUAAUAGUCAGCGACUCAGAGGAAGGUUUAGGGGUCACCAUGGAAACCAGCCACCUGAAGAAGAAGAAGAAAAAAAAGAAGCACCAGGUUGGAGAGGGGUAUGUUGCCAUAGAAACCAGUGAUAUAAACAUGGAGAACAUGGUGAAUGAUGAGAGUGUUGCCAUAAUAGUCAACAACUCAGAUGUAGCUUCACGAGUUACCAUGGAAACCAACCACACAAAGAAGAAGAAGAGGAAAGAAAAGCAGCUCGAUAGAGAGGAAGAGGAGCUUGUUGCCAUAGAUACCGGUGUGAAAAACCACAAGAACAAGGUGAAGGAAGAAAGUGUUGCUAUAGCAAUAGCAACAACAGAUCAAAACAACAAGGCCAGACAUCUGACAGUUUCUGUAGAAACACCCAUCACAAGAACAGGGCAGACAACAGAUAGGAGCACAAUGACGCCACAGAAGAAAUGGUUGUCUGUAAACAAGACGGAGAAAGAAACAACAGAGAGGAGGAUACUGCAGAGCGGUGCUACAAAAGGAGAGAUAAACUAUGUACUGUUGGACGAGCUGGAGGAGUUUAUUCCAAACAUCAGAAAGAAAUCAGUCGACCAGAUUUCUAAAUAUCUGCGAUAUGACCUGCACCGCUUUAGGAAGUUCAAAGAGCAAGGUGUGACUCUCCGUUGGGGUCAGUGCUCUGAGCAGGAGAAUCAGCAAAUAAGAUCAAAUGUUGAAGACUUCAAGGCUCUGAUUGGCAUCAGUUCAGUCACUGAGCUGAUGUUUCCUAACAGGUUCAAACAUAAAAUGGUGGAGAUUAAAAAGCUGAAAGCGCAGCAUAGAUUCCUGGAGAGGAUUGCUGAAGGCAUCCCUCGAACAUGUGAAGCUGUUUACACCAGAGCCAAGAAGAUAUUUGAUGAUAGGAACAAUUUGGGAAGGUUCACAGAGGAGGAGUUGCUUAGUCUGAAAAAGCUUCACUGUCUCCACGGUAACGACUGGAAGACAAUUUCGGAGAAGACAGGCCGUAGUAUACACUCGCUUCAGAAACGCUUUGCCACACUUGAUUCAGAAUCCGGCCCCUGGAAGGAAGAAGAAGUUCUCAGGUUAAAGCAGGCCCUCAGGAGUCACCUGGAGCCUCUGGCCCAGCAGAGUCCGGACGGUGCGGUUCUGACCAGAGAACAGCUGUGUAACAACCUGCCCUGGAAGAGUGUUGCUGAACAAGUCAAGGACAGAUCCUGGACACAGUGUCGCCUCAAGUGGUUCGGCCUCCUGAAGACCAAGCUGUCUUCAGGUGGAGGUGUUUUUAAGAAAAGAACAAAAGGAUAUCAGGCUAAAAUCGACCUCAUAAAUGGAUUGUACAAGAAGUAUCGGGAUGUCGAGGAUGACGUUGCAUGCAUUGAGUGGGAUGAAAUGGCCAAGCUUGUGAGCAAUGCGACGCCCGUAUGUGUUCAGAAGACUUUCCGAAGACUGAAAACUUCCAAAGUUCCAAACUGGAAACUUUUAUCUAACAAAGAAAUUAUCAACUCCCUGUACCACAAGGUGGUUCCUCAUCUGGAAAAGAUGGCGAACAGGGAGCAGAUCUUUCAGCAGGAGGUGGACAGGUAUCUUUUGUCUGACAUCUUCUCAGUCUGCGGGGAUGAUGAGGGACCCAGCAGUGGACAGCCAUCCAGUCAGGAAACAUGACGAGCUGCUUCCAAGAGUUUUUAAAACAUAAAAAGUGAUGAGCCCCGCUUCCUUCCUGUGAUCAUCCUCAAGCCUGGACAGAAAGUGUCCUGAUGUAUUGAUCUGUUGUUUAUGU